GUCAAAAGAAUUUACCAGAAUGAAUUUUAAAAGAAGUUGUAGAAAUAAAGAAACCAUAUAUAAUAGCAAAAAAUAAAAGAAAGAUAAGUUUCCCUCCAUAAAGUCUCACUUAUGUGGCACGAUGCCUUGGGUAGUCUCAGCGGUUGACAUUAACACAAACAUGUAGAAGACGCAAAGCAAGAGACUAACACUCGAUGAGGAGAGAUCACAUAUCACUCAGAAAACUCGUUGCAGAUGGAUUCUACAAAGAAGCACUUUCCCUCUUCUCCCACAUCCACUCUUCUUCUUCUUCCCCUACCCUUCAUUCCUUCACCUUCCCCACUCUCUUCAAAGCAUGCGCCAAACUUCGUUUACCUUUCCACACCCAAACCCUCCACGCCCAUCUCCUCAAAACCGGUUUCCAUGACGACCCUUAUGCUACCUCCGCCCUGACCGCAGCCUAUUCUGCGACCCCUCGCCAUUUUCCUGAUGCACUCAAGGUGUUUGACGAAAUGUCCCAACCAAAUGUUGCCUCUCUCAAUGCAGCCCUUUCGGGUUUCUCGCUAAAUGGGCGUAGCGGAGAAGCUAUCAGGGUGUUCCAGCGAAUUGGGUUGGGCCCCUUGAGGCCCAACUCGGUCACCAUUGCGUGCAUGCUCGGUGUUCCUCAUGUAGGUGUCGACCAUGUUGCACUGGUGCAUUGCUGCGCGUUGAAGUUAGGAGUUGAAUUUGAUGUCUAUGUUGCCACCUCGCUUGUCACUGCGUAUUCCAAGUGUGAAGAGUUAGUUUCUGCGACUAAGGUAUUUGAGGAGUUGCCUGUGAAGAGUGUAGUGAGUUACAAUGCUUUUAUUACUGGUUUGUUGCGGAAUGGAGUUCUUCAUUUGCUGUUGGAUGUGUUUAGGGAAAUGAUGAGAGAGGUACGUUUGGACUGCAAACUCAAUUCAGUGACGUUGGUGUCUGUUCUUUCUGCAUGUGGUAGUCUACAAAGUGUUCGCUUAGGGAUGCAGGUUCAUGGGCUUAUAGUGAAACUUGAAGUGGAUGAUGGGGUUAUGGUGGUGACUGCACUUGUCGAUAUGUAUUCAAAGUGUGGUUUUUGGCAUUCUGCUUAUGACGUUUUCACGGGGGCGGAAGGGGACAGUAGGAACUUGAUCACAUGGAACUCCAUGGUUGCUGGAAUGAUGUUAAAUAAAGAGAGUGAGAGAGCUGUUAAUAUGUUUCGACGGCUGGAAUCUGAAGAGUUGAAGCCUGAUUCAGCUACUUGGAAUUCCAUGAUUAACGGCUUUGCACAACAAGGGGUGUGUGGGGAAGCUUUUAAGUACUUUAGGGAAAUGCAGUCUGUUGGUGUGGCUCCGUGUUUGAAAAUUGUUACUACCAUUUUGUCAACGUGUGCAGAUUCAUCUAUGUUACGGCAUGGAAAAGAAAUACAUGGGUUUGCUUUAAGAACUGAUAUCAAUAGGGAUGAUUUUUUGGCAACUGCUCUGGUUGACAUGUAUAUGAAAUGCGGGCAUGCAUCUUGGGCACGAGAAGUUUUUAAUCAGUUUGAUACUAAACCAGAUGAUCCUGCAUUUUGGAAUGCAAUGAUAGGGGGGUAUGGGAGAAAUGGAGACCAUGAAUCUGCCUAUGAAAUCUUUAAUAAAAUGCUGGAAGAAAGCGUUCGACCAAACAGUGCUACAUUUGUUUGUGUUUUAUCUGCUUGCAGUCACACAGGUCAGGUUGAUAGAGGGUUGACAAUUUUUAGAAUGAUGAUAAGAGAUUAUGGCUUGCAGCCAAAGCCUGAGCAUUUUGGUUGUAUUGUUGAUCUUUUAGGUCGGUUUGGUAAGUUGGGUGAAGCUCGAGGUCUGGUGCAGGAAUUAGCAGAGCCUCCUGCAUCUGUUUUAGCUUCUUUGCUCGGUGCUUGUAGGUGUUACCUAGAUUCAAGUCUUGGGGAAGAAAUGGCCAUGAGGCUUCUAGAUAUAGAACCAGAAAAUCCAACUCCUCUGGUGAUCUUGUCUAAUAUAUAUGCCGGGCUAGGAAGAUGGAAGGAAGUAGAAAGGGUAAGAGGGAUGAUAACGGAUAAGGGAUCGGACAAACUCUCUGGCCUUAGCAUGACAGAAGUUGCAUCGAAAUAACACUUACAUAGAAAAAAAUUAAAUAAAAUGUU